ACAACUACCACCAUCCGCAGCCCACCAUGCUCGUCGACAAUCCCCUACCCUCCGGUUUUUCAUUGAAUUCUUCCUUCGAGGACUUCUUUAACAUGGAUCUCCUCGGUGGCCCGAGUUCAGGCGGCUCCUCCCCCCGCUCCGACUCGUCGCCCUCCGAGUCGUUCUCCAACCUUCCUCCGACUCCCCCCAAUCUCUUUGAAUCCGACAGUGUCAUGAACCAGAAUGUAAACGAGGAUUCUUUCUUUGGUUUCUCGCUAGACGACUUUUCCAAGCUGGACAUCCCCGCCCCUCUCGCUGCACCAGGCUUCGACUUUCUGGGCGCUUUUGCAAGCGCUGCGACGCAGCUGAGCAGCCCAGAUUCGGGUUCUGGUUCGGGCGGUUUGUCCUCCAUGGCUGAUACUCCCUCGAGCAUAGACCCCCAGCUCGUGACGUCCCCGUCGCCGUCUAAUGCCGUGAGCGAGGCAGGAGACGCGGACGAGGACGAGGAGCAUGAAGAGGACGAGGACGAGCAUGACGAGGCGCUUAGCCCUGACAAAGAUGGGGAGCAAGGCUUUUCCAUUGCUCCAAUCAAGGUCGGUGGCCGAGGCAAGGCGAACCGGAAGGGAACGAUCCAGUCCGGUGGGGUAAUCAAGCGCGCGGGGAGCGAGAAGAAGGAGAAUAGGCCAUCCAACCAUCUGUCAACGACAUCAACCGAGCCAGAUGACUGGCGCCCGAGUCCUGAGGAGUACAAGAAGAUGACGAGCAAGGAGAAGAGACAAUUGCGGAACAAGAUCAGUGCACGGAAUUUCCGGGUGAGGAGAAAGGAGUACAUCACGACGCUCGAGGGUGACAUCGCAGAGCGCGACAGGCUCAUUGAUGCGAUCCGCACUGAGCUCGGGAGCACCAAAUCAGAGAACGUGGCGUUGCGACAGGAGAUUACAUCGCUGAAGAGGGCGCUCCUCGAGGGCGCUGGCCGCGCAGACACACCUAUCCUUCCACCUCCUGCUCCGCUGCCCGCGAUCCCUGCAUCUGUGCUCGCAUCUGGACCGUCGGCGAACGCAAGCGCACCCGCGCCACCGAAGAGCCCGCUGCUCACACCCAACACACAGAAGGACCUGCCGACAUCGCCCCGAUUGGGCGCGCGGGGCUUCUGGGGUGGCGCGUCGAGCGCCGGCCUUGGAGGUUAUGGCGGGUUCACACCCGUGCAUACGACGCUUGUUCCCGAGUGGACCAGUGUGCUCUCGGGGAAGCCGGUGGCGAAUGCGAGGACGGGCCGGCGGAGCCCUGCACUUCAGGAGAACAUCAACCCAACGCUCAACGCUGCAUGGCCAAGUACGGACAAGAGCAAGGAGGUGCAGCAGCAGUACGGCGCGUUGGAGAGCUUCAUGGAUAUGAACCCGUUCACGAUGAAGGCGCUCGACCCGUACCGGAUGCAGUUGUGGCGGAACAUGGCGGCACAGCAACACUACCGCCGCCAACAUGCGUCGCACGAGCAACAGCAGUCGAGUGCGAGCUCAUCGUCGGGCUCUUCCUCUUCCUCGUCGAGCCCGAACUCAAGCCCCAGCCCGAGCGGGCUCGCGGGCAGCCUGCGGCCACACUUUUUCACGAAGCAACCUGCAUCGCUCUCCACAUUACUCUCCGGCAAGCCGGCUGCGACCUCCUAUCCCCCAGCGUCCACCUCGCCUCUCGCUUCGAUCACUAACAAGAGCACGCCGUUGCCGACGCCACAGCAGGCGAUGCUUGCAAGCGUUGCGUCACAGACGCUCAUGCAGAAGCUGGGCUCAGCAUUUUGGGAUGCGUUUGCGGCACGCCCUGCCGGCGGGAAGCGCAUGCCCGAGUUGGAUGCGGACAAGGUCAGGCGCGUCAUGGAGGGCAGUGCGGUGCUGCGCGUUGUGGACGUCGAGCCACGGCCGUCGGCAUCGGCAGCGAGGAUGCAGAUGCAGAUGCAGCAGCAUUUGGAGAAGUCGUCUUCUGGCCCCGAGAAAAAGUGCAACAUCACCGAUAUCCUCGAGGAGUCGAUGCGCAGUCUGAGCAUCUCGAAGAAGUAAAAGUCGAGUUUCUGGAAUCACUGAUCUCUGCAUUGGCGAGGGGAGAUGGCAGUCGAAGCCAAGGGGUCACGAUGGAGGAGACGCGCGGACGAAUCGAGGUGAAUGCCGAAAUGAGAAAAACGCUUCUUGGACAUUACGGACAGGAUCUGCGCCGCGCUCGUAGUGGCGCAGUCUCUGUUGCUCUCCCUACCUUCACUCCCUUACUCCUGCCUUUAUUUCCUCGUUCCUCUUUCCCCUUCUCUUGCUAUCUAACCCCUCCUCCUCUCUGGCAUCGCCCACAUCAUCAAACCAACCCCAACCCCUCCUCAGCUAUUUCAUCCCUGAUACGGUCAUUCAUUCUCGCAUCCCUGUCUCGUUCCCUGUUACUCGUCGUUGUGUCCCUCUCUGCUUUACUGUCAAGUUUCGUUCGUUCGCCCUUAUAUAUGAGCCGUG